AUGCCCUCGUCGUCGUCGUCCAAGCAGCCCAAUGGCAACAGCCACUUUCCCCAGAAGCUGAAGAACUUCUUCCGCAUCUCCAGCUUUAACAACGAGAAGGGUCUCUCCAUCUCCUCCACCGGCGCCGCUGGCGACUCACACUCUCACUUCGUCGGCGCCAACGGCUCCGGCAAGACCGACAAGAACUCGUUCCGCCAGUCCAGGUUCUUCGCCACCGUCGGCCGCCUCCGGAGCACCACCACCGCCAGCGAGGGCCACCCGCUCGACGAGGCCCUCAGCCCGACUGCCCACGCCAACCCUUACUUUGCCCACCAGGGCCCGCCCGCCCUGCGUCACCACAACGAGGGUUCCGUGCCACCCUCUCCGCCCGACACCCCCGAGCUCAAGGUCGACGGCCCCGGCGGCAGCCCCGCCGAGCAGCCCACCGCCGCCACCAAGGAGGAGCUCGCCCGCAAGCUCAGGAGGGUUGCCAGCGCCCCCAACGCCCAGGGCCUCUUCUCCAAGGGCGCCAAGGGCAGCGGCGAGAGGCCCGCCACCGCAGAGCUUGGGAAGGAACCCCUCGUCGAGAACAAGAGCGCCAGCACCCUGGGUCUCGUCUCCAGCAGCGAUGCCACCGAUCCAAACAGCCUUGCCCUCGCCGUCCCCGAUUCCGACGGCCUCUCCCCCUUGCCCUCACCGGGCCGCACCCCCUUGGCCUUUAGGAGGACCUACAGCUCGAAUUCCAUCAAGGUCAGGAACGUCGAGGUCGGCCCGUCUAGCUUCGACAAGAUCAAGCUGAUCGGCAAGGGAGAUGUCGGCAAGGUCUACCUCGUCAAGGAGAAGAAGAGCAGCCGGCUGUAUGCCAUGAAAGUGCUGAGCAAGAAGGAGAUGAUCAAGCGCAACAAGAUCAAGAGGGCCCUGGCUGAGCAGGAGAUUCUCGCGACCAGCAAUCACCCCUUCAUCGUCACUCUCUACCACUCCUUCCAGUCUGAGGAUUACCUCUACCUGUGCAUGGAGUACUGCAGCGGCGGGGAGUUCUUCAGGGCCCUACAGACCCGCCCUGGCAAGUGCAUAGCCGAGGAUGAUGCGCGCUUCUACGCUGCAGAGGUCACCGCCGCCCUGGAGUACCUCCACCUCAUGGGUUUCAUCUAUCGUGACCUGAAGCCAGAGAAUAUCCUGCUUCAUCAGUCUGGGCACAUCAUGCUUUCUGAUUUUGACCUGUCAAAGCAGUCCGACCCGGGCGGCAAGCCCACCAUGAUUGUCGGCAAGAAUGGCGCGAGCACGACCUCCCUGCCCACGAUCGACACCAAAUCCUGCAUUGCCAACUUUCGCACCAACUCGUUCGUCGGAACUGAGGAGUAUAUCGCACCCGAGGUCAUUAAGGGAAGCGGCCACACGAGCGCUGUCGACUGGUGGACUCUGGGAAUCCUGAUCUACGAGAUGCUGUUCGGCACGACCCCGUUCAAGGGAAAGAACAGGAAUGCGACGUUUGCAAAUAUCCUCAGGGAGGAUGUUCCGUUUCCAGAUCACUCGAAUUCCCCUCAGAUAUCAAAUCUCUGCAAGUCCUUGAUCCGCAAGCUGCUCAUCAAGGAUGAGAACCGUCGCCUGGGCGCCCGCGCAGGGGCAUCUGAUAUCAAGGUGCAUCCUUUCUUCAGAACAACCCAGUGGGCUCUGAUCCGGCACAUGAAGCCCCCCAUCGUCCCGAACCCAGCCCGUGGCCUGGAUACGAGCAACUUCCGCAACGUGAAGGAGAGCGAGAGCGUGGAUAUCAGCGGUUCCCGGCCUAUGAAUGGUGUGCCGCUGGAUAGUGGCCUGGCCACACCCGGCGGGGAGAUGGUCGACCCGUUCGAGGAGUUCAACAGCGUGACGCUGCAUCAUGAUGGUGACGAGCACGAUUCCGAUGCUGGAUACGACUCGUCCCCCCACUGA